AUGAGCGCGGCGGGGAGGCGGCGGGGCCGGCGGGAGCGAGCCCUGCUGUGGUGCGUCCUGGUGGCGGCGUGGGAGGCGGCGUGGGGGCAGCUGCGCUACGCGGUCCCCGAGGAGCUGCCGAAGGGCUCGUUCGUGGGCGACGUGGCCAAGGACCUGGGGCUGCAGCUACCCGCGCUCCGCGACCGCGGCGUCCGCAUCUUGGACAAAGGCAGGACGCAGUAUUUCGCCCUGCACGGGAAGACGGGACAUUUGGUGACGGCGGAGAGGAUAGACAGAGAGCAGCUGUGCGAGAGCAUGCAGCGAUGUGUGCUGCGCUGUGAGGUGAUAGUGGAGGGGGAAAUGGAGGUUUACGGAAUCGAAGUGGAGAUCACGGACAUUAACGACAACGCGCCCAGCUUCAAGGAGAUUGAGCUGGAGGAGAGGAUAAGCGAGCUGACAGCCCCGGGAUCGCGGUUUCCCCUGGCGGAGGCUCACGACCCGGACGUGGGGUCGAAUUCCCUGCAGAGGUACGAGCUGAGCGGCGACGAGCACUUCGCGCUGGCCGUGCAGGCGGGCCCCGGCGGGGAGGAGCGUCCCGAGCUGGUGCUGGCGAAGGCGCUGGACCGGGAGGAGGCGGCGUUUCACGAGGUGGUGCUGCGAGCGAGCGACGGCGGAGAGCCGGCGCGGACGGGCACGGCGCGGAUCCGCGUGGCGGUGCUGGACGCGAACGACAACGCGCCCGUGUUCGGCCAGGCGGAGUACACGGUGCGUGUGGCGGAGGACGUGCCCGUGGGCUCCGUCCUCGUCACCCUCACGGCCACCGACGCCGACGACGGGAUGAACGGAUACAUGACGUAUUCAUCUCAGUCCAUUUCUGUGAAAGCCUCGCAGAUGUUCGAGCUGGACUCUGAGACGGGAGCGAUCACGCUGGUGCGCAGCCUGGACUUCGAGGAAG